UUUACUUUUAAUCACUUUCUGCGUCUCAAAGUUGUCAAAUUUUCUUAGUUCCUCUCCUUUUCUCUUUGUCCAUUUGAUUUCUCGAUUCAUCGACUCCAAUUUUUCUUUCAAAUUUGGUUUCCCUCUGUUUCGAUUACUAGCCCUAAAUCCGCUCAAUCCAAGAUUUGAAAUGGCUUCGAAAACAGCGACCAAAGACAUAAUCACUCUUCGCGGUUCUGCGGCAAUUGUCAGCGAGUUCUUCGGGUAUGCUGCGAAUAGCAUCCUUUACAAUCGUGGGCUUUAUCCGGAGGAAAGUUUUGUUAGGGUUAAGAAAUAUGGACUUCCUAUGUUGCUUACUCAAGAUGAAGGUGUUAAGACCUUCAUUUCUAAUCUAACUGCUCAGCUUUCUGAAUGGCUGGAAGCUGGGAAGUUACAAAGGGUUGUGCUCGUUAUAAUGAGCAAAUCCAACAAUGAGGUCCUUGAGAGGUGGAAUUUUAGAAUUGAAACUGAUGGGGAGGUGGUGGAACAAGGUGUAUCGAGGGAAAAGAGUGAUAAAGAAAUAAUGAGGGAGAUCCAAGCAAUUAUGAGACAGAUUGCUUCAAGCAUCACCUACUUGCCCUGCCUAGAUGAACCCUGUGUAUUCGAUGUGUUAGCAUAUACUGAUAAAGAUCUUGCAGUUCCAUUUACUUGGAUGGAGAGUGACCCUAAACUGAUUGCUAAUCCACAAAUGGUGAAGCUGCAUUCUUUUGACACAAAGAUUCACAAAGUGGACACUCUUGUUUCUUACAAGAAUGAUGAUGAUGACGACGAGUAAACACGAAAGUGAACUUCAUUUUCUUCAAUUUGUUGAUGGUUUCUGAAUCCUCCAACCUGAUCUCUCGCUUUCCAAGGUGGCAUUGUGAAUCAUUUAUUCACAUUUUGUAUUGUACUCUAACACUGGAAUGAACAAUGUUGUUUUGUGUGUUCGAUUAGAAUUCCACCUAAAUGAAAUGGUUGAAGAUUGUUAUUGUUUCUCUAUAAAGAAAA